AUGGAACCCGAGGACCUUGAAACUGCAAGCGAAAGGGAUUACAAUGCCAUGAACUCAGAUGAGACUUCUAAAGAGGAAGCUCUUGAGGCUGUCCUAGAUUGGGAUAGCCCUACAGACCCUAAUAACCCACGGAACUUCAAAACGCCCAAAAAGGUCUUCAUUACAGCUUGUUUUGCAUCGCUAGUAUAUAUCUCCACCUUCAACUCAUCAGUGAUGAGUCCGGCAAGCGAGGACCUCAUGCAGGAAUUCGGUAUAUCCAAAGAAGUUUCCGUUUUAGCAACAUCUCUAUUCGUUCUUGGCUUCGCUGUAGGACCGAUUAUUUUCGGCCCCGCCUCCGAGGUUUUAGGCCGAAAGUAUCCACUCAGCUUAGGUGUUUUCCUCUUCGCGAUCUUCAGCAUUCCCGUCGCUGUUGCGAAGAAUGUCACUACCAUUUUUGUCUGCCGGUUCUUCUGCGGGACUUUCGGGGCUGCCCCUCUAGCAAUUGCAGGGGGCGGCCUGGCUGAUAUCUGGGAACCCCUCUCAAGGGGCGUUGCCGUUGCUGGAUUCGCCAGCGCCACCUUUCUUGGACCCGUACUCGGUCCUCUAGCCUUUGAGCAGCAUCGUGGCUGGGAUAUCGGGAUUGGCUCACUUCCAUUCUUGUCAAUUACUAUUGGGGUUCUCCUCGGGGUCAUCAUCAUAAUCGUACAUACAUUGACUCGGAUGAAGAGGAAGUUGGAGACUGUCGGAGAUGCACCCGAGGAACGUCUCGUGCCCAUGAUGUUUGGUAGCAUUCUGAUGCCCGCGGGCAUGUUUUGGUUUGCAUGGACUUCAAAUCCGCAUAUAACCUGGGUACCACAGGUCGUAUCGGGAGUUUUUAUUGGAUGUGGAAUCCUCCUUAUCUUCUUACAGGGUCUUAAUUACAUCAUUGACGUAUAUAAGGUCAUGGCCAACUCUGCCAUUUCCAUCAAUGCCAUGUUUCGAGGCCUCUUGGGUGCCGGGUUUCCUUUGUUUGCUUCCUAUAUGUUCAACAACCUCGGAGUUCCAUGGGCAAUGUCUUUGCUGGCUUUCCUCUGCGUCGCUUUAGUGCCAGCACCAUUCUUGUUCUUUCUUUACGGUGUGAAAAUACAUGGAAAGAGUGGAGUGUCAGAUCUCUUCGGGAUAUUUGCGUUGCGUUAA